AUGGAAAGUGAGGAAGUAUGGGAUACUAAAGUUCAACAAUUCCACGGCGGUCAAGAUUGGAAGUAUUUGGAAAACUUUGUUGAAGACUUUUCGGUUACUACCAAUGCUUUGGGAACGCCCAAAGACGCAUUAGAAGCAGCUAAAGAGGCUAUAUAUACUUGUCAUCAUUAUCCACCAGGCAAUCAAGAACCUGCCAAGACUUCUCUGGCCAAAUUUCUCUGGUCUGAUGAUUAUUCAUCACAUAAAGACAGAUUACUCCUUGGUAAUGGUGCAAGUGAAUUGAUUGAUUUAGUCACAAGGUCAGCUCCCUUUGGUACGUGGAAACCUGGCCCUUGGGACACUCAAUACAAGGAGUAUCAUAGAUCGGCAGAAACCAAUGGAAGAACCAUUCUUCAACCUCAGGAUACUACACCUGCCAAUCUUUUAUGUAUCGUUAAUCCUUGCAACCCAACUGGAGAUUAUAAAAAUAUUAAUGAUUUAAAAUAUUGGAUUGAUAAAAAUGUUGAGGAUGGUGGAUUUGUAAUUGUUGAUGAAUCGAUGCAACCUUGGCUAUCUAGCGAUUUCAGGACCGAUUCUCUUUUAUCUCAACAUGAAUUCCUUUAUUUACUCUAUGAAACCAGGCGGGUUUCAGUUUAUGUUAUACAUUCUUGGACGAAAAUCUGGUCAUGUACUGGAUUACGUUUAGGUUCUGUUAUAUGUCCGACAUCAGCACAUUGUGAUGUUUUAAAAAAGUUACAAGUACCUUGGAGUGUUAAUUCGCCUGCACUUGCAUUUUUGAAUGCAGUCGUUAAGGAUACUGAAUAUAUGGAAAAAACUUGGGAGCUUACACCAAAAUGGCGUAGUGAACUCAUUGAAAGAUUGAGAGUUUUAUCAGAAGCUAUUAUAAAAGCAAAAGACGAUGAAGGGUAUGAAUGGGAAUUUCAUGGAAAAAGCUUUUUAUCUUAUAUUUGGAUUAAUAUGAAAUCUAAAGAAAUCGUUGAAGAAGCAAUUGGUAAAGCUAAAGCUGCAGGUGUGCCAGUUCGAAGUGGUGUUCCCGGUUAUGAUCGUCCUACUUAUCUUCGUGUAGCAGUUCGUGAACCUUCUAAAGUAGAUAUCUUGAUAAAAGCUUGGAGUAAAUUAGGGAGACGCUAA